ACAUGGGAAGUUGGCUGGGGGACCAAUGACUUGCAAGAUCUCUGUCCUUUUUCUUGCCCCUUGUCCCAAACUUGCACACAACUCUCUCUCUCUCUCUCGCGCGCGCGCGCGCGCUCGCUGGUCUUUCUUGAACCCGAACCCCGUUCACACCCGGAUCUUGGAAACGCAGGAAACGAGUUAUAAAAGAACCAGAAUAUCAGCUGCCUGUGGAAACGAAAGGAGAGCUGCUGGGUUUAGUUGUGGUUCGGCCCUUUUCUUGAUCGUUGAAUCGAAGUUGGGAGGGGGGGGCGCGGCCGGGGACUCUGUGUUUGGUGGGUGGUGUGAUCAUUGAUUCAUCAGCUCUGCCUAAAGAGAAGAGAGACGAGAGAGCUUUAUCUCCCUCCUCUUUUUUUCACGGUCCUGGGUUUAAUCAUUGGGGGGGUUUUUUUUUUUUUUUUUUUUUGGGGUUAAUGUGUUUCGAGCUUCUUUGGGUCAGAGACUUCAUCAGAGCUGUUAGGUAGAAAGGGGAAAAGAGGGGAGCGAAAAGAAAAUUGGAAAAAAAGCAGGGGAUUGACUGGUAGCUGAGCGAGCUAGCGAGAGCUGCAGCAAGCUGUGACCGAAACCCUAGAAAGAUAGGAACUUUCUUUUGGCCCUUUUCUUGAGUGUGUGUGUGUGUGUGUGUUUUUUUUUUCUUUUCUUUCUUUGGCGUGGGGUGGGGGGGGAGCUGGGGGAUUUGCCUCCAAGAUAAAUGAACUUAGAUUUUGCCCCUUCUCUUGUCCAUUAGGUUGAAUCCAAAAGCCACCCAACACGCACCCGAAGAAAAAAUUUCUAGAGCCUCCUUAGAUAUGCCUACAGACCUGGACAAUUCGUCCACGGCUUCAGGUGAAGCAAGUGUCUCGUCUUCUGGCAAUCAGCCACCUCCGCAACCACCGCCACCGCCUUCCACCACCAAGAAAAAGAGGAGUCUCCCUGGAAUGCCCGAUCCAGAUGCAGAGGUGAUAGCUCUGUCUCCCAAGACCCUAUUAGCCACCAACAGGUUCGUGUGCGAAAUCUGCAACAAGGGUUUUCAGAGGGACCAGAACCUGCAGCUCCACAGGAGAGGCCACAACCUGCCGUGGAAGCUUAGGCAGAGAUCAGGCAAGGAAGUGAAGAAGAGGGUUUACGUGUGCCCUGAGCCCACUUGCGUCCACCACGACCCCUCGCGAGCGCUCGGCGAUCUGACCGGGAUAAAGAAGCACUUCUGCAGGAAACAUGGCGAGAAGAAGUGGAAAUGCGACAAGUGCUCGAAGAAAUACGCCGUGCAGUCCGAUUGGAAGGCCCAUUCCAAAAUCUGUGGCACCAGAGAGUAUAAAUGUGACUGUGGAACUCUGUUCUCAAGGAGGGAUAGCUUCAUCACCCACAGGGCGUUCUGUGAUGCUUUAGCUGAGGAGAGCGCAAAGGCUCAGACUCAGGGACCGGGUCAGGGCUCGGCUCCGAUUAAGCCGAACUCGGAGGCCGAUCAGAAAGCCCAGAAAACUGCCUCUCCUCCUCCUCAUCAUCCUCCUCCUCCUCCUCCUCCUCCUCAAGCAGCUGCUCCACCAGCUAUACAGUCCUCAGCUGCUAUGUUGUCCACAGUUUUGGCUGAUCAAGCAGCAGGUAAAAGGAUGCUAGAGAACCCAUCCCAAAUUCUUGAAGAGCCACCAGUGGCAAGCAGCUUGAUAGGAAGCUCUAGCAGCAGCACCAGCUCUAGCAGCAAUGGCAAAACAAGCACUAGUGUCAUAGCAGGCUUGUUUGCUUCCUCAACUCCGUCCUCAACCUUACAGCCUCCGCAACAGAGUACUCCUUACACUGACUUGAUUCGUGCCGUGGCACCACCCGACUGCUCUGUCGACCUUGGGCCUGCCUCAUCCGUCGAACCCAUUUCCCUCUGCCUCUCCACGAAUCACGGGUCGUCGCUUUUUGGCAGUGCAGGGCAGGAGCGUCGGCAAUAUGCUCCUGCUCCACAGCCCGCUCUUUCAGCCACUGCGCUUCUGCAGAAGGCUGCUCAGAUGGGGGCAACUGCAACCACCAAUGCAUCGCUGCUUCGUGGGCUCGGGAUUGUCUCUUCCUCCAACACAUCAGGGCAACAAGAGAACUUACAGUGGAACACCAGUAAUGUGGAGCACGAAAAUGCCUCUGUUGCUGCUGGACUUGGGCUAGGGCUUCCUUGUGAUGGGAGUUCAGGUCUGAAGGAACUGAUGAUGGGGACUCCAACCAUGUUUGGCCCGAAGCAUCCUACUUUAGAUUUUCUCGGAUUGGGGAUGGCAGCUGGCGGCAACCCGGGUGGUGGUUUCUCGGGUCUUAUGACCUCUAUAGGUGGUGGUCUUGACAUGGCAGCAGCGGCAGCAUCAUUCGGCAGUGGAGACUUUGUCGGCAAGGACAUUGGACAGAGCUCGUGAACUUAAUGGGAAGUCGCAGGGAAUUAGUAUGUGCUGGUGCAUAUUGUGUACUAAAAGAAUUGAUGUUGCGCAAGAAGCCACCUAAGAACAAUCGAGAAGACGCUUUCCUUGGAUAAAAGGUGGAAGAAAACUGUUGAUGUGGAAGAUUCCAUUAAAACUAGAAUCUGGGGAGACUUCUAUUUUCCCAUGUGAAUCUGUGAUGUGUUGUUAGAGGUACGAGCUAUAUCAAAUGUGAUCAAAUGAUGUUUUAAGUUUGCUCGAGUUUUAGCGGUAGAACAGCAGCGUAGAACUCUGUGAGUUGAAUAUGGGUAGCUACAUUAAUCGUCUUGGAGUAAUACAUCUCAGAUGUAUUAGUUUUGCCAUUUCAUUUGUUGUUCAAUGUAAAGAAGCCUUAAAAAUAGUGAAGAUUUGUUAUUUUGCCAUGAA